GCUGCUCUGCUCUCGCCCUCCCUAGAGCCCCAAGCCGGGCCCCAGCUAGGGGACAGUCUGUGCGCCUGCGCCCAGGUGAGAGCUCCCCGAGCCCGGGGCAACCUGGUGGCACGCCCCGCCCUGCCCCUGUGGCCUUGGACACCUGCGCAAGACACUUCUGGUUCGCGAUUCCUUUCGGUAGCCCCCACGGGGCGGGGACCAGGAGUUAGGAAAUGGAAGAGGCGCCAGAGGGUCGGGAUUCCCGCACCCGGGACAGACCGAGGGACCGGGACCACCGCUGGGAGAGACAGCGGGACAGAGAUCGCGGCCAGGAGAGACAGCGGGACAGAGAUCGCGGCCAGGAGAGACAGCGGGACAGAGACAGACGGCGGGAACGAGACGGGGACACACCUAGACACCCAGACCGGGACCGGCGGGAGAACAGAGACUGGGACCGGCGGGGGAAUAGAGACUGGGACACGCGGGGAGACCGAGAUGGGGACAGGCGGAGCGACCGAGAUGGGGACAGGCGGAGCGAGAGAGACCCGCGCCUGGGCAGACAGGACUGGGAGCACCCACGCUCGAGUGGACAAAGGGUUCGAGAGAAAUCCCGCCAAAGAGGGACCCAGGACGUAGUUUGGGAGCAGCCCCGGAACAGAGCUCCUCCCACCUGGCCUGCCCGAGAAGAAACGCCAGAUCCCUGGGCCCAGAGGAAAACCGGGUUCGGACGGUCGGCGAGUGACUACCCUUUGGGGAGAUCUCCGACCUUCAGCCCAAGGCCUGAAUUGGAAGAGGUGGAAUACUACCAAUCGGAGGCUGCAGGCCUACUGGAAUGCCACAAAUGCAGAUACUUGUGCACUGGGAGAGCCUGCUGCCAGCUGAUGAAGGUCCUGCUGAACUUGCUGAUUCUGGCCUCUAGCUCUGUGUCUUACAACUCGACGGGGGGCUACACGGGCAUCACCAGCCUUGGGGGCAUUUACUACUACCAGUAUGGAGGAGCCUUCAGUGGUUUUGACGGUCCCGAUGGGGAGAAAGCCCAACAGUUGGACAUCCAGUUCUACCAUCUCAAGCUGCCCACGGUGACAGCAGCGAUGGCCUAUGGAGGGGGCCUCAUGGCCUUCUCCUGCCUCCUUAUUCUCCUGGGUGUCCUUCGGGUCCCGUGGCAUUGCCCACUGUGGUUAGUGAUUGAAGCCAUUUUGGAUGUGCUCAUUGCUGGCGGCUACAUCCCUGCCUUGUAUUUCUAUUUCCACUACCUCUCAGCUGCCUAUAACUCUCCUGUGUGUAAAGAGAGGGAGACCUUGUACCAGAGCAAAGGGUACAGUGGUUUUACUUGUAGCUUCCAUGGUGGAGACAUAGCGGCUGGACUUUUUGCUGCUAUCGGCAUCAUUGUCUUUGCUGUGGGCGCUGUUCUAGCCUUCAGGGCAUACAGAAGAAUCAGAAAGCCUGAAGAGAAGCUGACAGAAGCAUAUGAAUUAUAGUCUUUCAUAGGCGUCUGCUAUAUCUCAGAAACUUCUUCACCUUAUUUUGGAACAAGCUAUCUAUGAAUGGGUGGAAAUGCAUGGUGAGAGACUGGUGCACAGAGGAGAAUGCAACAAACUUUGAAUUCUCUUUCCUCAGGAAAUUUUUCUUAGAAAUCAUUGUAAACCAAGAGCUGCAGAGAGGUCUGGGCUACAAUAAUAUGCAAUACUUAGAGAGUUUCUCUGAACUUAGCUAACUUUGUGCUCAGUAGAAGCCAGAUACAUCGGGACAGUUGUACCUAAUUUCUUACGCAUAUAGCCCAUAAGCAGAGGAACAAGGAAUUCCCCAUUCCUCUCCCUACCCCCUGCCAUAACUCUUCAGUAUCUCCUUAAUUAGUGAAACAGAUUACAUGUAGCAGAAUAAUAUAAGCUGGAGAUUGGGAGUAGAAUAUGAAGAGAGUCACCUUGGACUAAAAACAAAUUUAAAUGCAAACAAAUUAAUCCCAAGAGCCAUGCAUUCUUAAGAGUUCCCAGCUAAUGUUACUGAGCCAACAUUGCCUUUCAGUUAGGAAGACUAAACUAACCAUUGUAUCUCCUAUGAGUAUGCCAUUAUGUGAGAAGCUUAAGGUGAUGGCAGAAAUUCAGAAACAAUUCAGUAUAGCUUCACUGCAAGAAAAGUCCAAACCAAAGCAUCCUUUGAUCCAAAGUGAUUCUGUGACCUCAUUAAAAAUCCAGAUUUGCACAAAACAUAAAUUGGGGUCAGGGUGGCAAACUCUUCACUUUACAGACUUGGUAGAAUUUCUUCAAUAGUACACUGCCAAGAUAUCUGUUAAAAAUAUAACUGGAUUAACGUGGUAUGUAAAAGGAUGGGCCACUAGGUGGCACAGAGGAUACAGUGCCAGGCCUGGAGUCAAGAAGACUCAUCAUCCUAAGUUCAAAUCUAG